AUUGAUCUGAUGUCUAUUAGUGGACAUAAAAUAUAUGGUCCUAAGGGGGUUGGUGCCCUCUACGUUCGACGCCGCCCGCGAGUUCGUAUAGAAGCUCUGCAAAGUGGUGGAGGCCAGGAACGUGGAAUGCGUUCUGGAACCGUUCCGACUCCUCUUGUGGUUGGACUCGGAACAGCUUGUCGCUUAUGCAAGGAGGAAAUGGAGGCCAGUUUUGUUCUCUAUUCUGCUAAUAUAAGCCUAUAA